AUGCGGUGUUUGAGUGCUGAAGCUUCUGUGGAGAAGAGCGUGUUGUUGGCGAGUGCCAUAUUGACAUGUGAUGUGAAUGGUCGGCCGGUGGAUAUGGUGAAGGCCUUUAAGUCGCUUGAACCGUGGGACACAGUAAGCACGGUGAUGGUUUACGGUUUCAACCUUCUCGACCAAGUCCCGGACUUGGUAGUUGGGUUGCCGGGCGUGGAGCAUGUUGACCUGUCCACUGAGGAGCUGAAGGAACUGCACGAGGAGAUUAGGACCAACACGCAGUUGCGUGGAGGUAUCCUGAAGACGGAGAGUGAAUGCUUGCACGCGAUUGCCCAAGUGUGUCAAAGGCACCCAACGACAUGUGGAGCUUCGGCGGAGAUCGGGCAGGCAAUCAGUAAGUGGGUAGAAGGUAUUCGGACCCUGGGGAAAACAGGGUGCUGUACAUACCCUGAAACGGACGCCACUAAAAUUGAAGACCUGGAAUUCAUGCUUAUAGCUCUCUUCCGAUUCUUGGGAAAAGAUGUUCAUACGCACGUCACUGUACCAUCACUACAGCAGUGCAACCCAAACGCGGCCAUACCUGGUGCGUGGGAAUGUGCAAGGUUCGACUUGGAUGCUCGUGUGUACGCACCCACUAUGACGAAGAUUUACGCUACGGCGCUGAGCCAAAUCGAGUACGAUGAGAGGAUGGGAAAACUGGCUGUGCCCAUUAAGCCUGACCACCAUUAUACUUUUUGUUGA